AUGGAACAAAUUAAAGAUAAUCAAGAUUUACAAAUUUAUCAACAUAAGUUCGAGUUAUUUUUUCGUUUAGAUAAAUAUGUUUUGGUCGAAGAGCAAGAAAAAUUACUGAGUCAAGAAGGAGCCCUAGCAAUUAUCCAGGCUAAAGACCAACUCAUUAAGAAACUGGAACAACCAAGCGAAAAUAAAGAGGAUUUAAAGUUUGCUUUACAUGACCUAUUCCUCAUUAUAAGUGAGUUACGCACUGAAAACUCCCAUAAUAAGGAGGUCCGAGAAAAAUAUGGAGUGAAACUGUCUGCUGACGAGCAGGCUCAAAUUGCCGAAUUAAAAAACUUUCGUAAUAUUGAUAAGUAUAAUUUAUAUCAUCUAAUCCGCCGAGUUUGUUUUGGUGCUAUUAAUAAUGUGAUUAAAGCCAAAGCCCAAGAAUUAGGAGUUAUAGCCAAAGAUUUACCAGAAAAUCCAACUAGUUUGGAAAAGGCUAAAUAUGAACUUUGUGAAAAGAUAUUAGCCUAUCAGGAAGAUAAUCAUCUCAGCGAUGAAGAAAUAUCUCGCCGAAUUGGACUUAAUAAUGAUGAGUUAGAUUUUGAAGACUUUCAAAAAAUUAAAGAGGGUGAUUUUGGUGAUAAAGACAUUUUAGAAUCUAAUGCUAACAAAACUCCUCAGCAACAGAGUGAUUUAGAGAGCAAAAAACAACAAUUAACUGAGUUAGAAAAUAAACAAAAAGAGUUAGAACAACCGUUAGACUUAAAUGUUCUAAUUACUAAAUUACAGCAAGAAAUUAAGGUUUUAGAAAAGAAAACUAAGCGAACAGUGGAAGAAGAAGCACUUUUAACUAAGAAAAAGAAGCAGUUAGCAGAGUUGUUAAAAAAACAGAAUAAGAAUGAUAGUUUAACUGGUAAUAAAGAUAAUAAAGCUGCUUGGGUUAUUGGUUGUGGGAUAGUGGGAGUAGUUUUAGUUGGUUUAGUUGGCAUGAAGAGAUUAAGAGUUCUUGGUAUUGAAAAUACUGAUCUGAAUGAAGUAAAUCUCACUAAAUUACCUGCUAGUUUAGAAAAGAUUAGAUAUUCAAAUUAUUACCGACAAGCCUGUCAAUUAACUGCCAUCAUUCCCCAAUUACAAGAAUACGAAAGUGGAUGA